UCCGGUUGGAUCGAGCACCCGAAUCGGUGUCACUCAGCUUCCUGGCCCCCUUUAUGGGAUGGAUUGACGUAUCACUGUGAAGGGCAUGUCACUCACGAUUCGAUAUCCUCAAUUCCAUCCCAGUAACACUCGCACCAUUUGCCAAACUGUGCAGUCCUCAACCAACAGCAUUAACACCCCGAUCCUCAUCCGUCAUCCCGAUGACUGGGCCUCUAGCGCGUUUCGAUGCAGCGACACCGGCCGGUUGACGAGCGACCUUCCCUUCCCAAAUCGGAGCUUUGAUCCCCGGUUUGGAGCCGACCUGUUCCCCUUUGGACCAGUGCACCUGGUCCAGUCCCAGUUUGGUCGGCCGGCUCCACUGCAGCCCGUCCGUGCACGUCUGAAAAGCCGGGUGAGGGUUCAUUCCACGGUUCACCAUCGUGCUUGGCAGGCCCCGAACCAGUCCCUGGACGCUUUUCUUAGAACUUCUACACUGACAGAGCAACCAACUAUCAAACAUCCGCGGUUUCAUGCCCCCCUAUCCACGGGGAGACAGCCAUGGCUCUCCUCCAAGAUGCGGGAAAGGAGACCAUGGCAAAAGGCAUAUAUAGCCUCUGUCACCACCACAUCAAGUUGACUUUCUCUCCAUCCCAUCCUCAUCCCAUCCACCUCUCUUUCUCCGUUCUUGUUUCCUUUACAGAUCGCCUGUGGCGUAUCGCUCUCUCUGUUUUUCUUGCUUCUCCGAUAAUUUUUGUUCUCUCGUUCUUAUCGAUUCCCGUUUCUUGAAGAAACCGAAACCGCAUUCAAAAUGGUCCGCUUCUACAAAGUUUCCGCCGCGACCCUUAUGACGGCCGCCACCGUCUCCGCCAUUCCCAUCCCAUGCCUUCUUCCCUUCCUCAGCGGCGCUGGUAGCCUCUUCGGAAACUCCGGCUUGGGUGCCAGUCUCGGUCUC